AUGUACAAUAUUGCUGUAAGCAGCGUUUAAAAAAAAGUUUCGGUUUUUGUUGGUCCCAUAGGUUCUAAUGCUUCCUUUACAUCUUUGAACGGGUUUGCUUACUCUAUUUAAUUAAAAUACGGCCUGAUUGCUGGUUUAAUAUUCAUUUAAGUAAGCAUGUUAACCGUCACUUCAUUUGAUGAUUUUAGAAAUCUUAAUGUGAAUUCUGAAUUAAUUAUUGGUCUGAAAAGAUCAAGAAAAUUUUUUUUAUUCUUUUAGUAUCAAUUACAUCACACUUCUGAUGAAACUGUACGAUUUCUUACUAAACAUGUUUCAUCGUAUACCUUCCUCUGCAAGCUGCGCGUUUUUUAUUUUUUUCCCACCACGAAAUAGACCUUUGAAACCGCCGUGGAAACGUAGAAGAAUCAAGUGCUGGAGGCGCUAAUUUGCCACAUUUUGCGGAGUUAUCUGUAUUUUAUAGCCGAAAUUUUGAUAUUGAACACCUGUUCUCUUUGGUACCUAAAAUUUUUUGAAAAAUUUGUUACUUUCUUUUCAUCUAGCGCAACAUGGCGUCUCUCAGACCUCUCCGAAUCCACAUUGACCGAUGGACCAUGGGUAUUUAUGUUUUUGACAUUAUGUUUUCACUUUUAGAGCUCUUCGGAUAUUGCUUUAGGUCCAAAUGACCUCUUCGCCUCGUUCUUCUUCUUCAAUCACUCCGUAGGUGUUCCGAUUAAAUAAUCGCAACAACUGUUUCAUUGUCGAUUGGAUAAUGGCUGUUUUUUUGAGGCUGAAACUCAUGAGGUUUUUCUUGGGGAUAAGUGGAUUUUGUCCGAUUGUUUUGAUCUAAUUUGAGAGAGGAAAAUAGAUCAAAUGUGAAGUUUUGAACGUAGGUAACAACGUAAAUCCAGUGUAGAAGCUUCAGCCGAAGGGAGGAUUCUUUAUUUUUAAUUUUGAAUAGAUUUUUCGGAAACUUUUUAAUGAUGACAGACGUCAUGGAUAAUAUCAGGUGUUCCUCGAUUUUUUAAGGUUGCCCAAACACGUGAUUGUUCUUUAGAGGUGGCAGAUUUUGCGGAGAUGGUUUGAAUUAUCUUUUCACGGCCGUUCGGGCUGUUUCUUUUUAUUUUUGGGCCAUUUUUUAUAACCUUAUGUAUCAUGUGUAAUAUUGGGUUGUUUUGCGUCCGAUUUGGUUCAAAACUGGUGGAAUUAUGUAUUAUUAUGUUGAAAAUUCCCUUUCUUUGCUGUUGAACGUUAUUUUCCGGCUAUGUAAUUGCGUGAUGCGGUGAUAUAACGUAAUUGGCGCCAUCAACAUCUUAUUUUAGGUGGAUUUGUACGAAAAUUCUUCAAGUAGUGUAACAAACUUGUUGAAUUUCAGUGUCCGAUGGAUAACUCACACGCCCGAAGCGCUCGGGAAGUUCUCGAGUACUUUGGGACCGGCCCAGAUGGCCUUAACCCAGAGCAAAUCGAGAAAUUGCGGGAAAAGUAUGGGUCGAACGGUAAGAAUUUUUCUUUUUUGUUGGCUUUUAGGUAAAGUGAUCUUUGAAUUAUGUGUAACCAAUCUAAUCCUUCUCAGAGAUGCCCAGCGAGGAGGGAAAACCUCUUUGGAAGUUGAUUUUGGAACAGUUUGACGACUUGUUGGUCAAAAUUCUCCUGUCGGCCGCUGCGAUUUCCUUCAUCUUGGCUUGUUUCGAAGAGCACGACGACGAUUCACACGCACUGACGGCUUUCGUGGAGCCGUUUGUAAUCUUGUUGAUUCUGAUCGCGAACGCUACGGUGGGCGUUUGGCAAGAGAGGAAUGCAGAGUCAGCCAUCGAGGCUCUAAAAGAGUACGAACCGGAGAUGGCGAAGGUGAUUCGAAGUGGGAAUGCUGGAGUUCAGAUGAUCAGAGCCAAGGAAUUGGUCCCUGGAGAUCUUGUGGAAGUGUCUGGUAGGAAUUUUUGAUUAUUUUUUGAAAUUUAGGUGAAGUGUAAUAUAAAUUUUUUUAUUUUUCUAGUCGGUGAUAAGGUCCCGGCGGAUCUCCGAUUACUGGAAAUUCAUUCAACAACUAUUCGAAUUGACCAGUCGAUUUUGACGGGCGAAUCUGUCUCGGUGACAAAGAAUCUGGACGUUGUUGAUGAUCCAAGAGCAGUAAAUCAAGACAAAAAGAACUGUUUGUUCUCGGGGACGAAUGUUGCCUCAGGCAAAGCAAGGGGAAUUGUGGUCGGAACUGGUCUAAAGUAGGUCAAUUUUAUGUAAAUUUGGAUUUUUAGAGACCAAAAUACGAGUAAUUUUACAUGACUUCAUCCAAUCAUUUUUAGCACUGAGAUCGGAAAAAUUCGAACCGAAAUGGUUGAAACUGAAGCCGAAAAGACGCCGCUACAACAAAAAUUGGAUGAGUUUGGAGAACAGCUCUCUAAAGUAAUAUCCGUUAUCUGCGUUGCGGUCUGGGCAAUCAACAUCGGGCACUUCAACGACCCAGUUCAUGGUGGAUCUUGGCUGAAAGGAGCUGUCUAUUAUUUUAAAGUGAGUAAUUUGUGGUUUUUUUAUAUUGUAGUAGGUGACUGAAGCGGAAAUUUUGAUAAAUGUAUGGUGGGAAAUAAAAUUUCUGGGAUAUUUGAGGAUAAUUUUAUCAUCUCCAGAAUGACAUUAGUUUGCUCAAAGGCAACGGGGAACGACGAUUGGGAAAAUUGAAAAGUAUUAUUGUUCUUCGAUGUAAGUGUCGAAAUUAGGAUAAUCGAUGGUGCUGAUUUUGAAAAUGACAUUCAUUUUUUUGAUUGUUACUUUUUUCCUUAUGUAGUUACUGUAAAGUAGUAAUUUUUUGAACUUUUUUUCACAAAUGGUCGAUUUAGGGGUUUUCGAUGGUGGUGAUUCCGAAAAUCUUAUUCGUUUUUUCUGAUUUGAAAUCAGCACCAUCGAAAACCCCUAAAUCGAUUAUUUGUGAAAAAAGUUCAAAAAAUUACUACUUUACAGUACUACUUAAGGAAAAAAGUAACACUGGAAAAAAUGAAUGUCAUUUUCAAAAUCAGCACCAUCGAUUAUCCGAAUUUCGGCACUUACAUCGAAGAAAAAUAAUACUUUUCAAUUUCCUCAAUCGUCUUUUCCCCCAAUCGACGGCGUUCCCAAGGCAAAAUUUUCAGAUCGCCGUCGCCCUUGCCGUCGCCGCAAUCCCAGAAGGUCUCCCCGCCGUCAUCACGACUUGUUUGGCCUUGGGAACGCGCCGCAUGGCCAAGAAGCACGCGAUCGUCCGAUCACUCCCGUCGGUGGAGACCCUCGGCUGCACUUCAGUGAUCUGCUCGGACAAGACUGGCACCCUCACAACGAAUCAAAUGUCCGUUUCGAAAAUGUUCACCAUAGCCGGAAUCAAGGACGACACGCUGAAGUUUGAGGAAUUCGAAAUCACCGGAAGCACCUACGAACCGAAAGGAGACGUAAAACAUGGAGGAAGAGUAGCGAAAGCCAGUGAUUUCAAAGGAUUAACGGAGCUGGCAACCAUCUGCAGCUUGUGUAACGACUCCUCAGUGGAUUAUAAUGAAGCCAAAAGGACGUAUGAGAAGGUGGGGGAAAUCUGGCGGAGAAUUUGAUGUUUUAAUGUACAGGGUCUUUCAAGAAACGUGAAGGAAAGUCGGAGGCUAUAACUUCCGGCGGAGGCGGCGCAGAGACUUGGUUUUUGAAAUAUGUAUUUUUAAGCGACGUUAAUUUUUGCCUAUGAAAUAACAAGAUUUUAAAAUGCAAACUGAUGUCGCUGCGACCUUCUGAAGUAGGCCACUUUUGCCCCGAAAACCAUUGUUUUUUCGGUUGAAAAUGAUCGAGAAAUGUCGGAUUGUUCUGGGGGUUUUGAUAGAGUUGAUGUGGAAAAAAGGGAGGGAAAUUUCCAACGUGUCGGAAAUGUCGGUAGCGGAACUUUAGUAUAAUUUACAACUUGUUGGAAAUUUCCCUCCCUUUUUUCAACAUCAACUCUAUCAAAACCCCCAAAACAAUCCGACAUUUCUCGAUCAUUUUCAACCGAAAAAGACUGGUUUUCGCGGUAGAAAUGCCCCUACUUCAGAAGGUCGUAGCGACCUCAGUUUGCACUUAAAAAUCUUGUUAUUUCGUCGGCAAAAAUUAAUGUUGCUUAAAAAUACAUAUUCCAAAAACGAAGUCUCUGCGCCGCCUCCGCCGGAAGUUAUAGCCUCCGACUUUCCUUCACGUUUCUUGAAAGACCCUGUACAUUAAAACAUCAAAUUCUCCGCCAUAUUUUUCCCCACCUUUUUUAUAUUACAGGUAGGAGAAGCCACCGAAACCGCCCUCACAGUCCUCGUCGAGAAGAUGAACGUCUUCAACACCGACAAAACCGGACUCUCGCCCCGUGACCUGGCCAACGCCUGCAACCGCGUGAUCCAACAGAAAUGGUCGAAGCGCUUCACCCUCGAGUUCAGCCGCGAUCGCAAGUCCAUGAGUGUGUUCUGCGAACGCCGGCCGGACGGCGCUGCCCAAGUCUUCGUGAAAGGCGCACCAGAGUCGGUCCUCGCACGCUGCACCUACGCCCGAGUGGAGGGAAAAACGGUGGAAAUGAAGAAGGAAAUGGAAAAACAGAUUGUCGACAGAUGUGUUCAGUACGGAACCGGCAAGGACACGCUCAGAUGUAUUGCAUUGGGAACCAUUGAUGAGCCGGAAAAUAUUGAAGGGUAUGUCAUGGUGAAUAUAAAAAAGGUCUCCAAUGGAUGGGCGAAAAUUUUUAGGAGUCUUUGUAGUAUUUUAUGGCUCGUAUACGGCUAAAAAACUGGGAAAUUGUCUUUAUUACGAGUUGUUUUACGCCAGAGGAAGACUUGACGCAAAUUGGGUCAAAUCUCCCUUUUUCUUGAUUGGCGGUAUUUUCCGAUUUUAGCAGGUUGCAUGACUUGUUACAAGUAAAAUUUCAAGCUUUUUUUACUUUCAGUAUUUUUGCUUUCGAGGGAAACACUUGACCCGAACCAUGUCAAGUCUUCCUUUACUGCGCUUUCACAGCAAUUUUCGUUUGAUAAUUACAGAAUGGCCCUCGAUGACCCCUCCAAAUUCAUUGAAAUCGAACAGAACAUCACUUUUGUGGGCGUGGUUGGCAUGCUUGACCCUCCCAGACUCGAAGUUUCAUCGUCAAUUGAAUCAUGUCGCCGCGCCGGAAUCCGCGUCAUCAUGAUCACCGGAGACAACAAGAACACGGCCGAAGCCAUUGGCCGCAGAAUUGGCCUCUUUUCGGAUUCGGAAUCCACGGAUGGGAAGUCAUUCACGGGCCGGGAAUUCGAUGAUUUGAGCAAGGAAGAACAAGCCGCAGCCUGCGCCCACGCCAAGCUGUUCGCCAGAGUGGAGCCGGCUCAUAAGAGCAGAAUCGUAGAGUAUCUACAGGUGAGAUUUUUCUUUAUUUUUUGCUUAUUGUUUUAGGCCCAAGGCGAGAUCACCGCGAUGACCGGCGACGGCGUGAACGACGCGCCGGCCCUGAAAAAGGCCGAAAUCGGCAUUGCGAUGGGCUCGGGAACGGCGGUCGCGAAGUCCGCCGCCGAAAUGGUCCUCGCCGACGACAAUUUCUCGACAAUUGUCUCGGCCGUGGAGGAAGGAAGAGCCAUCUACAACAACAUGAAGCAGUUCAUCCGAUACCUAAUUUCGUCCAAUGUCGGAGAAGUGGUCUCAAUCUUUCUGGUGGCGGCCCUUGGAAUCCCCGAAGCAUUGAUUCCGGUCCAAUUGUUGUGGGUGAACCUGGUCACGGAUGGCCUUCCAGCAACGGCUUUGGGCUUCAACCCACCGGAUUUGGACAUCAUGGAGAAGAAACCGCGCUCAGCGGAGGAUCGACUGAUCUCCAAAUGGCUGUUGUUUAGAUAUAUGGUGAUUGGAAGUAAGAAACGGGGGUUUUUUUUGAAAAAAAUUGGAUUUUCUAUAUUAUACUAGGGAUUUUUUUCAAUUUUUGAUGUUAAUCUUAUAUUUUUUAGCCUAUGUUGGAGUUGCAACGGUCCUCGCUUCGGUUUGGUGGUUCCUAUAUUCCCCGGAAGGCCCGCAGAUCUCGUAUUAUCAACUGAGUCACUACAUGAAAUGUGGAAUUGAACCCGAAGACUUUGAAGACAUUGAUUGUUUCGUCUUCAAAAACGAUCAUCCCAACACCUUGGCUUUGUCGGUAUUGGUGGUGAUCGAGAUGAUGAACGCGUUGAAUAGGUGUGUUGAGUUUUGAAAAUUUUGGAUUUUUCACCAGGUUCGACUGGGGAAAAGACAAUCGGGAAACUGAAAAGUUGCCUCCUAUAUGGUCCACCUUUGAGCCCGAGAAAUAAUAAAAAUUUUAUUGUCAAAAAAAAAUUAAACACAGUUUUGUAAAGGAGAAAAAACUGUAUCAAAUAAAUAUAUUUGCUUUGCCAAACAACAAACAAUCUUUGUAAAACAAAGCAAUAAAAAAACGACCGAACUUUCUGAACAACCUAAUAUUUUUCUUCGGUGUAGUUGUCGAAAUUAGGAUAAUGGGUGGUGCUGAUUUCGAAAAUGACAUUCAUUUUUUAUCGUUACUAUUUUGCUUAAAUAGUACUGUAAAGUAAUUUUUUGAAGUUUUUUACAAAUACUCGAUUUGGGGGUUUUUGACAGUGCUGAUUCAAAAUGAGAAAAAAUGGAUAAGAUUUUCGGAAUCAGCGCACUAUCGAAGACCCCUAAAUCGAGCAUUUGGAAAAAAACAAAAAAUACUGCUUUACAGUACUACUUUAGCAAAAUAGUAACGGUCAAAAAAUGGGUGUCAUUUUCGAAAUCAGCGCCAUCGAUUAUCCUAAUUUCGACAAUUACAUCGAAGAAAAAUACUAUUUUUCAGUUUCUCCGAUUGUCUUUUCCACCCAGUUGUCUUUUCCCCCAAUUGACGACGUUCGCUAAAUUUGAUGUGCCGAGUUUUCAAUGUCCAUUCCAGCUUGUCGGAGAACCAAUCCCUCCUCGUAAUGCCCCCAUGGAAGAACCUUUGGCUCUGCGGCGCCAUCGCCCUCUCAAUGCUCCUCCACUUUGCGAUCGUCUACAUCGUAUUCCUGGCCAAUGUCUUCCAAUUAGCCCCACUCUCCUUCAACGAAUGGAUUUUGGUAUUGGGAAUUUCAUUUCCGGUCCUAUUAAUCGACGAAUUGCUGAAGUUUGUGGCCAGAAAUUACGUGGAAAUUGAAGGAAACAAGGUAAAAGGAGAGUAG